AUGCCCGUGCGCGUGGAUGCCGGCGACCUCGCGCCGGAGCUGCUGCUGUCGGUGCGGGUGGGGAAUCUCCGGCGUCAGGCGACUCUGGCGGCCCUGCAACAGCGGGCACUCAGGUUCCCAGAAGAGCUCUGCGUCGGGAAGACCCUGAAGCUGGAGCUGCUGCAGCAGGUGGGCAGCGAAGUGGUGGUUUGUUCCCACGAGGAAUCCUACCGCGUCGGCUUCGAAGCAGGACAGCUUGCCCUGACCGUGAGUCCGGAGAGCGGCGACCAGGACGACGCGGCCAGCGAUGAGAGGUUCGAGAUGGACGGCUUGCCGAUGAGGAGACAGGAUGCGGCUGCCGGUGCCAAAGAGUACUUGGAGAAGCAUGAACUGCUACCUUAUCUGCAAGGCCUCCUCGAGACGGUCUGCAAGGAGAAGCCGGCGAACCCCUACCGUUUCCUGUGGCGACAGCUUGGCCUGGCCUUGGAUACCUCGCCGCCGAAAAAGCCCGCCCAGAACCCAACCGGGCCGACCGGGAAGGCGCAGUCCGCGCGCGAGCCCGAAAAGGGUCUGCCGGAGCUUUCCACGCGCCCCGGCACUCCCGCCGAGCUCGAAGGGAGCCGAGCCACAACGCCGCUGCCGCCGCCUUUGCGGCCCACUUCAGAGGAGGCCGGCACUGGAUGUGUGGUUUCUGCAGACGUGCUGCCGGAGCCGCUGAAGAGCGAGAUCCAGGAGGCUCUCGAGGCUCCUUCCGAGUCGCACCUGCAGUGGCUGCACGCGGUGGCGGGCGUGGAGGACUUCGAGAAUGUGCGACUUGAAGCACUCGCACUUUUUCAAAGUUCCAUUCAACACGGCACCUUGCAGGAGGUGUUGCAAGGCCGGAGUGAUCCCAUGGAGAAGGGCACAGAGGCUCUGCGGGCGCUCCUGCGCGAGGCUCUUGGCCGCUCCGCCGUGGAGGGUUCACUGCCAGCCCUGCUUGGCGAG